UUUUUUUCUCGCGAUUGUUUCCCGUGUGAGUUAAUGGCUCCUCCUGCUACCGACGGAGACGGAGCUGGCACGGAGCGGCUAUACGGGGGGGGGACGCUGGAAACACGGCGGAGAAAAGCGGCCAUUUACACCCCAAAUACCAGCGGGUUCUCUGUCGCAAUUGUCUAGGCGUAACCGGAGAGAGGCUGCCCGGGCGGGUCGAGGGUUAAAUUUAGCAGCGGCUUGGCUGGAGGGAUAACUCCUCUUUUUCCACCGACCAACUCCCCAGAUGAACUCCGUCAGAGCCACCAACCGGAGACCCAGGCGAGUGUCGAGGCCGCGCCCGGUGCAGCCCGAACGGAACAACGGGGAUAGAGAUGAGGAGGCUCCUGCAGCAGCCGCAGCAGAGAUGGCCAUCGAGGAGUCCGGUCCUGGAGCUCAGAACAGUCCCUACCAGCUCAGACGCAAGACCCUGCUCCCCAAGAGGAGCGCUGCUGCUGCUGCCGCUGCAGCGGCCGCCGCCGCCGCUGCUGCUGCUACCGCCGCCACCGCCUCCUCCGCCGCCGCCUGCCCCAGCAAGAACCCGAUGGAGGGAGCGUCCACGUCCUCGGCGGAAGCCUUCGGCCACCGAGCCAAGCGGGCGCGCGUGUCCGGUAAGAGCCACGACUUGCCAGCAGCCCCAGCAGAGCAAUACCUGCAGCAGAAGCUUCCGGAUGAAGUUGUCUUAAAGAUCUUCUCCUACCUACUGGAGCAGGACCUAUGCCGGGCGGCGUGCGUCUGCAAGAGGUUCAGCCAGCUCGCCAACGACCCAAUACUAUGGAAGCGCCUAUACAUGGAGGUGUAUGAAUACACGCGCCCCAUGAUGCACCCGGAGCCUGGCCGCUUCUACCAGGUCAGCCCGGAAGAGCACGAACACCCCAACCCCUGGAAGGAGAGCUUUCAACAACUGUACAAAGGUGCACACGUGAAGCCAGGCUUUGCAGAGCAUUUCUACAGUAACCCAGGCAGGUACAAGGGCAGAGAGAACAUGCUGUAUUAUGACACCAUCGAAGACGCACUAGGAGGCGUCCAAGAGGCCCACUUUGAAGGUCUAAUCUUUGUCCACUCGGGCAUCUACACAGACGAGUGGAUCUACAUCGAGUCUCCCAUCACCAUGAUUGGUGCAGCCCCUGGUAAAGUGGCGGACAAAGUGGUGAUAGAGAACACGAGGGAUUCGACGUUUGUCUUCAUGGAGGGUUCAGAGGACGCUUACGUGGGGUACAUGACCAUCAAGUUCAACCCCGACGACAAGUCAGCACAGCACCACAAUGCCCACCACUGUCUGGAGAUCACCGUCAACUGCAGCCCCAACAUCGACCACUGCAUCAUACGCUCCACGUGCACAGUGGGUUCGGCCGUGUGCGUGAGCGGCCAGGGAGCGUGCCCCACCAUCAAGCACUGCAACAUCAGCGACUGUGAGAACGUCGGCCUUUACAUCACGGACCACGCGCAGGGCAUUUACGAAGACAACGAAAUCAGCAACAACGCGCUGGCGGGGAUUUGGGUGAAGAACCACGGGAACCCCAUCAUCAGGCGUAACCACAUCCACUACGGGAGAGACGUGGGGGUGUUCACGUUUGAUCACGGCAUGGGCUACUUUGAGAACUGCAACAUCCACAGAAACCGCAUCGCUGGCUUCGAGGUGAAGGCCUACGCCAACCCCACGGUGGUGCGCUGCGAGAUCCACCACGGCCAAACGGGCGGCAUCUAUGUGCACGAGAAGGGGCGGGGCCAGUUUAUAGAGAACAAAAUCUACGCCAACAACUUUGCCGGCGUGUGGAUCACGUCCAACAGCGACCCCACGAUACGGGGAAACGCCAUCUUCAACGGCAACCAAGGGGGCGUGUACAUAUUUGGAGAUGGGCGGGGUUUAAUAGAGAGCAACGACAUCUACGGGAACGCCCUGGCGGGAAUACAGAUCCGAACCAACAGCUGCCCCAUCGUGCGGCACAACAAGAUCCACGACGGCCAGCAUGGCGGCAUCUACGUGCACGAAAAAGGUCAAGGGGUGAUCGAGGAGAACGAGGUGUACAGCAACACGCUGGCCGGUGUUUGGGUGACCACGGGAAGUACGCCCGUCCUACGCAAGAACCGCAUCCACAGCGGGAAACAGGUGGGCGUGUAUUUCUACGACAACGGCCAUGGCGUCCUGGAAGAUAACGACAUCUACAAUCAUAUGUACUCGGGCGUACAAAUAAGGACGGGCAGCAACCCAAAGAUCCGGCGUAACAAGAUAUGGGGCGGCCAAAACGGCGGCAUCCUUGUCUACAACUCAGGUCUGGGCUUCAUCGAGGACAACGAGAUCUUCGACAACGCCAUGGCGGGCGUGUGGAUCAAGACGGACAGCAACCCCACGCUGAGGCGCAACAAGAUCCACGACGGGCGCGACGGCGGCAUCUGUAUCUUUAACGGAGGCCGAGGCCUGCUGGAGGAGAACGACAUCUUCAGGAACGCUCAGGCGGGCGUCCUGAUCAGCACCAACAGUCACCCCAUUCUCCGCAAGAACCGCAUCUUUGACGGCUUCGCUGCUGGUAUCGAAAUCACCAACCACGCCACGGCCACCUUGGAGGGCAACCAGAUCUUCAACAACCGCUUUGGCGGUCUUUUUCUGGCGUCGGGCGUCAACGUCACCAUGAAAGACAACAAGAUUUCCAACAACCAGGACGCCAUCGAGAAGGCGGUGAGUCGAGGACAGUGCCUGUACAAGAUCUCCAGCUACACCAGCUACCCCAUGCACGACUUCUACAGAUGUCACACCUGCAACACCACGGACAGGAACGCCAUCUGCGUCAACUGCAUCAAGAAAUGCCACCAAGGACACGACGUGGAGUUUAUACGGCACGAUCGCUUCUUCUGUGACUGCGGCGCGGGCACGUUGUCCAACCCGUGCACGCUGGCCGGUGAGCCCACGCACGACACGGACACUCUGUACGACUCGGCGCCGCCCAUCGAGUCCAACACGCUGCAGCAUAACUGAGGACCCCCAUCCACACCUCCACCCCCUGCCCCGGCUGGCGUGACGUCUCACACGCGUUAGGGCCACGCCCCCUUUUACUUCCACCUCAAAAGCCCUCGCCCCCACACACGCAAAAGAGACGCUCUUGAACGCAGCGAGCGCUCUGGCAUCAGAUGAAGGCUGCAGUGCAGGCAAGACUCCACAAGGGGGCGCACAGACUUAACCCAGCGAGAGAAGAGGCGGAGUCAAAGCUCGGCCUCCUUCACUUCCUGCUUCCUCCCCACGACCGCCAUCGCUAAGAGACGCUGACAGGCGGGCGGUGUUUGUGGGAAAGUGUGUGUUUGUGUGCGUGAGAUGGAGCACUUUUUUUAUUUUUAAGGAAAAAAGAACGUUUUGAUCAGUGGAUUUUAUUUCAACGCUUUAUCAUGUAGUUUUGUAUUUUUAAGCAAAAAAGCUGACUGUAUUUGAAUGUCUUUUAUUUUAUUAUAUAUUAUAAUUAUUUCUUUGGUUAGCACCCUGACACACACACCCCCUCCCCUCCCCA